CGGCAUUGAUCGCAACAAGCGCGGAACAACAUACAGGCGCUCACCUUGUAGACGCGUGCGAAAGCUUGUCACGUCACAUUCUUGGACAUCCCAAUCGCACCACUGACGACGCGAAAACAAUCGCCAACAUGCCGCUCAUCACUUCCGCCGUCGUCGCCCUCCCAAACAUCGACGCGAACAAGCUCACUCCCUCCCAACUGCAAUCCGCCAACGACCUGGUCCUCGCCGACCUCGCUUCCUCGGGCGUCGACACCAACAUACCACACCCUUCCAUCCCCAACUUCCCAGAAGCCCAAUUUACCCCUCUCAUCGCCGCCGCACACGCCCGGCUCGCGGCGUCGGAGCCCAAAACUUCCGCAUUGGAUCUCUCCCGCUACGAAGCCCUCGACACACCAUCCUCCGGCAGCGACAGUCAAACCUGGACCACCGCCCUCCGCCGAGCCGCCACCAGCGCCCAGUACCUACGCGCGCGCGAGACGAAUCUCGGGCUCCUCGAAGCCUACGGGAAGAACGCCUGGUUGGUAGGCAACAGCCAUCUCGAGGACGAAUUGAAGACGUUGGAGAAGGAAGUCGCGGAGAAACGCAUCGAGAUGGAAUCGGUGGCGCAGGAACGCCGGGAAUCCGAGGCUGCUGUGGCGGCGGAAAUGCAGAGUCUGGAAAAUACCUGGCGUCAGGGUGUCGGCCGCAUGUUGGAAACGCAAGCCGCGGCCGAGAAGCUUCGUUUGGAAAUUCUGGAGCGGAAGAGGCAGGGUGCUACUGUUUGAGACAGAAACAGAAAAGGAACGAAUAAAUCUUACUGCCUCAAGAAAGGAAGGCUCGUGGGAGAAGAAAUAAGCCCAUCGGCCAAGCUCCGCGCGCGAUAGUUCCGCGCCGUCCUUGAGAGAGAGAGACCGUCUCCACGCCAGAAAGAAAAACACGAUUUUUUUCUCCCUCACGCAGAGACGAAGAAAUACCACCAUCAUGCCAUUGCCUCAGAACGGGUCAAAUUUACGGCGGAGAAACAAAGGAGCAAAGACAAAUAUUCCUCCCAUGGAGGAAAUAGGACCACCAGCGAAGUCCCACAUUCUCAACCCAUUCAUGGAACUUGCAGUCAAUUAGCUUGACAACGCUGCGGUCAUUUGGGCGCACCAACCAUCCAACCCUCCCUCCUAAUUCUGGAAGCGGUACUGCCCCCCUCGAUGGGAAAAAAUCACUAGAGAUCAGAAAGAGAGG